AUGCCUGAGGUAGCAGAAGUGGCCCAUGUUUGUGCUCUAUUGAAAAGGAACGUUUUGGGCUUUCGGAUCAAAAAUGUCAAUCUAUCCUUGGAUACAUUGUUAUUUCCUAUACUCAAAGAGUCAAAGCAUCCCGAUGCAGAGCUAGAAGAUAUAAAAUCCAAACUUUUGGGUUCGCGUAUUGAUUCAGUUGGACGGCAUGGAAAGUAUUUUUGGCUAAGGUUGACCAAGGAGGAGGUGCCGAAACUGAGGGUACUUCUCAUGCAUUUUGGUAUGACGGGCAUGAUCAAAAUACGAAACGUGAAAUCGCACUUGGUAUUUAUGGAAAAUGGCGGGGACAAGAAAAUAUUAAAGGAGUUAAAUGAACCGAAGAAAGAGGGCGAUGUGAAAGUUGAGAUAGAUCACGAGUGGCCACCAAGAUUUUCUAAAUUUGAAAUGGAUUUGGCAAAAGACGAUUUCAAAUUGGAGAUUUCGUUUGCUGACCCUAGGAGACUAGGAAGGGUGCGAUUAAUCUCUGACGAAUUAGCAUCGACGGACGAAGGGCUACUCCAAUUGCCUCCAUUGGAUGCACUAGGUCCUGAUUACAGCAAAUCCAAAGUUGUGAAGAAGGACUCUGAUGAUUUCGUUUUUGGAGAUCCCGACCCUUGUAACCACGGACGACCGAGGUUAAGCUUGCUUGACUUUAACGAACUUAUUUUGUCUAAAAAGAAGCCAAUCAAAAGCUUGCUUCUUGAUCAGGCUUAUUUUGCUGGCGUUGGUAACUGGGUUGCUGAUGAGGUGCUAUUCCAUGCCAAAUUGCAUCCGAACGAGAUUAUUUCAAGCAAAAUUGAGAACAACCAUGGGACGGUUCAUCCAGUUGUUCAGGGAUUGUAUGAAUCUUUGAUUUAUGUAUGUGAAGAAGCAGUCAAAUGUGAAGGUGACUCCAAAAAGUUUCCUUCACACUGGUUGAUGUUGCAUAGAUGGGGAAAGGCAAGGAAAAAUCAAGGGAAAGCAAAAACAAAAGAAGGAUUUGUGUUAGACCAUAUCACUGUUGGCGGAAGAACCAGCUGUUACGCUCCAGAAGUUCAGCGAUUAUUGAAGAAGGAACUCGUUGCUAAUGGGAAUCCUGAGAAGAGAAAACGAAAGCAAGAGAACGAGUUAGAAAAGCCAGUAAAUCGUAGAACGAGAAGGCGAGUUUGA